CUGAGUCACCCACCUAUACAUUAUUAUUAUUACUUUUUGUUUAUGGUAUCGACAUCUAUCAUAUUCCUCGAUUCUUGUCACCCAUCCUGAUUCCUUUGGGCAUCGUAUCACCUUUAGUGCAAUUUAGACCAGAAAAAUCGAAAUACACACACGCGAGUUCGUCGAGUCUGCUAUCCGAAAAGCAGCAGAUGGAUUCUUUUAUCUGCAAUGCCUAACUAAAACCGUAGUGGGAUUUUUGAUGUGCCUAGGAUGUUCAAAAGGAGUUCGACCACAAUGAAUUGCUUGGCAAUAUUGACGAUAGUUAGAUAAAAAAGGGAUUGCCUGGGACGAGUGACAGUGAAACCCGUUGAACCCGUGAAGGUGUACGGGAUUUCGUUUCAUAUAAUCGUAUGAAUUCCGGCGAUUCUUGUAUCUCUCGAACAACAAAUAUGUCGUGGAGGGGAUCACGUACACCCGUUCCCUACGUUUUUAUCGCAUAAUUCGUUCUACGGACUGCUAUUUACGCGAAAAAGUGAUCCAGGUGCGUCUAAGCGAGUUCAUCCGAUUGAAUUGAAACAGUGCGAAGUGUCGAGGAACGUUCGGUUGGCCUACAGAAGGCGGCUAGUGUCGCCCGAGGACGAGGAACGAUGUCGGGCUCCUUCUCGGUAAUUAGAACGAUUAUUUAAUCAUGUUCAAUCCAGGAGGCGAGGAACCGGAGAAAAGAAGACGAGGCAUAAUCGUGGGCAGAGUCGGAGUGGAAUCGGCGUGAGCGUCGAUUUGUAACGGUAGGCGUGUAGGUAACAUGUCCAGAUAGCGAAGGAAACGCCUAGCUGAGAUAUGCGACUCUGAGAAUCGCGAACAACCUGUUCGCGCCUGGUUCCCUCGAAACUCGGACUCUAAUUCGCGUCCCGUGACGAACCGUGCCCGUGUUUGUGUUUGUUCGCGGGUGGGUGGGUGCGUGCGCGCGUGCCCGCAUCAAGGAUAAUCGUUCCUCGGGCAAAAGGAAGUAAGGAACCGAAGGAAACGCCGGAAGGAAGUGAGAGAUAGGAGGCAAGAUGGCGGGAUCCUUAACGUGGUCGUGUACUUGUUGCCUGCGGUGCAAGUUCAGCCCCGAAGAGAUCGAGCAACGUUUCAAGAGCCAGGAGAUCGACAGGAUGCUGGAGAAGGACCGGCAGGCUCUACGGCGGCAGGUGAAGCUCUUGCUGCUCGGUGCGGGAGAGAGCGGAAAGUCGACGUUCCUCAAACAGAUGCGGAUCAUUCACGGGAUCAAAUUCGAGCCUGAAUUAAUAAAGGAAUACCAGCACGUAAUAUACCAAAAUAUAAUCAAAGGGAUGAAGGUGCUGGUGGACGCCCGCGAUAAGCUAAAUAUUCCCUGGGAAUAUCCAAAAAACUACGACAUCGGCUAUCAAUUGUUAAAACUCGAGAACACCAUGGCGUUGGAUGCUAGAUUGUUUCUCCACUACGUGCCAGCGUUGCAAAGUUUAUGGAAGGAUGCCUCGAUAAAGAAGGCGUUCGAUAGGAGAAGAGAAUUUCAAUUAAGUGAUUCGGUUCAAUAUUUCUUGGAUAAUCUCGACAGGAUCGCGAGAGUGGAGUACGUACCCACGCACCAAGAUAUCCUGCACUGUAGGAAAGCCACAAAAGGAAUUUCCGAGUUCGUGAUACAAAUCAAUAAUAUUCCCUUCCUAUUUGUCGACGUCGGUGGGCAGAGAUCACAAAGACAAAAAUGGUACCAAUGUUUCGAUUGCGUUACGUCCAUACUUUUUCUUGUUUCGUCGUCCGAGUUCGAUCAAGUGCUUUUAGAAGACAGGAGAACGAAUCGGUUGGAGGAAUCGAGGAACAUAUUCGACACGAUAGUUAACAAUAUGAUAUUCGGUGGUGUAUCGAUCAUACUGUUUCUGAACAAAACCGAUCUGCUGGACAAGAAAGUAAGAUCGCCUGACACGAACGUUCAGUGGUACUUUCCGCAAUUCACCGGGGACUCACAUUCCAUGAAGGAUGUGCAGAACUUUAUUCUGGAUAUGUUCAUCUCGGUGAAAAGGGACCCGAGGAAGCCGCUCUUCCAUCAUUUCACCACCGCGGUGGACACAGAGAACAUAAAAGUCGUGUUCAACGCUGUUAAGGACACGAUUCUGCACAGGAACUUGGAAUCGUUGAUGCUUCAAUAAUAAUGCCUAUUUAGAAUGAUUUGCAACGGUAGGCGAUUCAUCCAGAAAUUUGGAAUCAUUGUUAUUUCUACUUCCAAGAAUAAGAACCGUUACGUCGUCCGUGAACUUGGAAUCUUUGAUGUCUACAAUGAUUCUUCGAAAGAAACGUUCGAGUUCUCGUAACCAAGUGAAACGACGGUAGUUGAAGAAAAAGUAUUAAAAUAGUUAAUGAAACGAAGAAAGAACGAUUUGCGGUAAGACAAUAUAUUCUAUGUAUUAUAUAUAUAUAAUAUAUAUUGUAUUAUUAAUGUAAAUCAAGAUUACCUCCAGGUAAGAUUUAAUAGUUAAACGUUUUUCAUAUGAUAGUUUUUUAUACUAGGAGAAAAACUGCCUAAAAUGAAAUUGUACUGAAUUGAAAUUUUUUGAACGUUCUAUGAAAUUUUUUGAAUGCUCUAUACACUAUAUUAUACGCGCACAUACGUACACAUUUAAUAAUAAUAUACAGGGGGUUUCGAAUUGAGCAUCUAAGCUGCUAUACUGAUUUGUCAACUAGAUGUGUCAGUGUGAUGCUACGCUGACCGUGGGUAACUAUACUGAUGUAUCAAUUUACUUUAAUACUAAUACUUGUAAUAAUAUAUUUCAAUAUAUUAGUAUAAGUAUAAUAAUUGAGAACACGUGCAUAAGACGGUGUGAUACAUUAGAUGUUCAAUUUUCAAUUAUACCCUGUAUUCCUUUUUGAUGAAUAUUGGCUGCUAAAGGGGUUGUAAGAAGACUUAUAUACAAUUUAUUGUAAAUAUAUACAUUGUCAAUACUAAUAGUUUUACAUAUAUAUUAUAUAUAUAUUUGUAUAAAAGAAGAAUCAGUUUUUGCUAAUAGCAUAAGCAGCUAAGAAUUUUUCUAUAUUUUGUACAGAUAUUUAAUCCAGUGCUUCUCUUUUAUAUUAAAGAAAGGAAAAUACUGAUCGAGAUAUAAAGAUAACUUAUUUUCUAAUUAAGAACGAUUAUUAAUUUCGUUAAGAUCGAAAUGUUAAGUUAAAGAAAAACCAAAUACUAAUGCCAUACGAACCAAAUGAAACUCUUUAAUUAACCAGCUUGUGUUCAAAUUUCACGCUUUAUCUCGAUUC